CAGCAUGUCUUCUUCCUCGGAUUCUUCUGAAUCGUACUCAGAUUCCGAAUCCGAUUCCGAGGAUAAAAAGGGGAGCAGCAGGAGAAAGGGAAAGAGCAAGAGGCAGCAUAGCAGAAGGCGUUGAGGAUUUACAGUCGAACUUUAUAAGGUCCAAUCUCCUUCCACCAUCUGUUAAUGACAGACUCCUAAAGUGUCUUAAAGCAAGCAGACCAAAGUUUCCAGAACACAAUUCACAUUCAAGAAAUGGAAUCUCCGGUCAUCCUCCUCCUCCUACUCCUCGUCUCCGCCGCCGCCGCCGCCGUGUCCUAUCCAAAAGAAGCCCUCCCCACCAAAUCAGGCUACCUGAAGGUCAACUCCACUUCUGGCUCAUCCAUCUUCUACACUUUCUACGAAGCCCAGACUCAUGAGAAUCCCCCCACACCAACAAUCCCCAUCCUGAUUUGGCUCCAAGGCGGGCCGGGCUGCUCAUCCAUGCUGGCCAAUCUCUACGAGCUCGGGCCCUGGCUGGUCAACCAAGACCUCUCCCUGCAACCCAACCCUGCAGGUUCUUGGAACAGAAUCUUUGGCCUUCUCUUUCUCGACAGCCCCAUAGCCACUGGGUUCAGCUUUGCUGCUUCCCCUCAGGAGAUCCCCAGAGACCAGGACGGCGUCGCCACUCAUCUUUAUACAGCCAUCAACCAGUUCUUGGAUUUGGAUGUCGGGUUCAGGUCGAGGCCUGUUUACAUCACCGGCGAGAGCUAUGCCGGAAAGUAUGUGCCGUCGAUUGGGUACUACAUUCUCAGGAAGAACGCCGCUUUGCCUCCGGGGGAGGAAAGAAUCAAUUUGGGAGGUGUUGCAAUUGGGAACGGAUUAACAGAUCCUGAGAUUCAGGUGACUUCUCAUGCAGUUCAAGCAUACAAUUUGGGGCUAAUAAACGGCAAGCAGAAGGCCCUUCUGGAGGAGCUUCAAAGGCAGGCUGUCGAGCGCGUGAGACGCGGCGAAUGGGGCGCGGCUACGAACGCCCGAAAACGGGUGCUGAACGAAUUAACCAGAAUGACCGGUUUGGCUACAUUGUACGAUUUCAGGAGGUCGAUUCCUUACCAAGAUGAGUUAGUAGAGAAGUUUCUGAACAAUCCCGAAGCGAAGAAAGCGUUGGGGGCGAACGAAUCGGCGGUGUUCGAACUGUGCAGCGACGUCGUCGAGGAGGCGAUGAGCGAAGACGUGAUGAAGAGCGCGAGGUGGGAGAUGGAGUUCUUGGUCGAGAAGACGAAGGUGUUGUUGUAUCAGGGGCAGUGCGAUUUGAGGGACGGCGUGGUUUCGACUGUGGCGUGGAUGAAGGAGAUGAAGUGGGAAGGGGUCGACGAGUUCUUGGAGGCGGAGAGGAAGGUUUGGAGGGUGGAUGGGAAGCUCGCGGGGUAUGUGCAGAAAUGGCGCAACUUGAGCCAUGUCGUGGUGGUGAACGCCGGGCAUCUUGUCCCGACCGAUCAGCCGGUGAACUCGCAAGUUAUGAUACAAGAUUGGGUUUUGGAUCGGGGGUUGUUUCGGGGCGAUGAGGUUGGGGAAGUCGCGAAUGAUUUUGGAGGUACGGUGAUGUUGUAACUGUGGUUUGGUGUAUGUGUACGAGCAUGUUGGUUGAUUCCGUAAAAUAUAUAUAUAUAUAUAUAAUGAUUAGUGAUAUGCUAUCUUUUCGAGUUUAAGUUUUUUUAGGUGAAAUGGAUAUUUUAUAUAGUAUCAGAGCUGCAAUAUUUUUUAUUAGAGUCUUAUUGUCAUUCUUUCGUCGUGUACGUGGAAGAUUUGUAUAUGGCGUAAAUGUACCUUACGUAUUCCUUUAAGUUUAAAUUACUAGGUAAACUGAUCAAUAGAAAUGGAAAUA